CACAAACACUGCUUCCUUUUAAACAGUGUUUAUCUGUUGCCAUCUCCAGCCCCUCAAGAUACCAUAAGAGAGGCAAAAUCCAACCAGCCAGCCAGCAUGGAAAAUGGGGGCUUUACCAACGUCUAUGAAAAUGUAGAGAACACUGGCCUCUAUGAGAUUCCUGAUUCAGAGGAGGCAAAAGAGGAGAUUCCUGAUUCAGAGGAGGCAAAAGAGGAGAUUCCUGAUUCAGAGGAGGCAAAAGAGGAGAUUCCUGAUUCAGAGGAGGCAAAAGAGGAUCAUCUUUAUGAGGAAGUCCAUGAAGACCCAACAUCUCCUUCUCCCACCACCACUCCAGAAAGCAUGGACAUCAGCCGCAGUAAUUCUGUGUCAUCUCAGCAAGGAGCUGAUGGGGAGGAUGGUUCAGCUUCCUCUCAGCAAGGGGCUGAAGAGGACCAGCAUCGCCAGGAAGAGAUGGAGAUGAUGAGCCCAAGGCCCAAUGAUGAAUGUGUAGAGAGGAUGGUGUUUGGAAAUAAAAUCCCAUCUCCUACUGGAUUCAGUCUUCGCAAGAGCCCGGUCACUUCCCCCACCUUCCCAACUUCCACCAGAUUUCCAGCUAACAACAACUUGGGAGAAACUGACAACUUUCAGAAGGAGUGUGAAAUUUUCCUCUUUGUUAAGGCUGGUAUAGAUGGAGAGAGUAUUGGGAACUGUCCUUUUUCACAGCGUCUCUUCAUGAUCCUCUGGCUCAAAGGCGUUGUGUUUAAUGUCACCACAGUUGACCUGAAAAGAAAGCCAGCUGAUCUACACAAUUUGGCCCCUGGGACUCACCCACCGUUCUUGACUUUUAAUGGAGAGGUCAAGACUGACAUCAACAAAAUCGAGGAGUUCCUGGAGGAGAUGCUUGCACCUCCAAAGUACCCCAAGUUGGCUGCUGUACAUCGUGAAUCAAACACUGCAGGGAUAGAUAUCUUCUCCAAAUUCUCUGCAUACAUAAAAAACACCAAGCAGCAGGACAACACUGGCCUUGAGAGAGGUUUGACAAAGGCUUUAAAGAAGCUGGAUGACUAUCUGAACACCCCUCUCCCUGAAGAAAUCGAUGCAGACAGCACUGAAGAGGAGAAAGUGUCUAAACGCAAGUUUCUGGAUGGGGAUGAGCUGACGCUUGCUGAUUGCAACCUUCUGCCCAAACUUCAUGUUGUUAAGAUUGUAGCUAAGAAAUACCGCAACUAUGAGUUCCCAACAGAGAUGAUGGGGCUAUGGCGAUACCUGAAGAAUGCUUAUGCCAGGGAUGAAUUCACCAACACCUGUGCUGCGGACAAAGAAAUUGAGCAAGCUUAUGCAGAUGUGGCCAAGCGGCUCAGCAAAUCCUAACUGACGUCAGCAAGGGCUCAGUAUCCCCAGUUCACAGACUCCUCUCCUUGUUGCCUUAGGAUAUAUUCUUCAUCAUGUUUCUGGUUGGUAUCCCCAUGACUUCAGCUGUUAAAGUGUAUUGGUCAGGGCCAAAUCUGCCUCUCCCUAGAGAAAACAUAAGGCAACAGCAGGAGGGUAAAAAACCCUCUGGAAUCUGAACCCAAGAGCUGGAGCAAGUAUUAUUAUUGGCAAUCAUCAGUAUUUGAAACUAUUCAUCUUUUUUUUUUUUUUUUUUGGAAUAUCAGCCACCUAUUUUAUUGGGAACUUUAAAAAAUAGGAUAUUUAGCUGAAAAUUUCAAGUAGAUGGGUUAGGAAUGUACAGAACUGCUUCUUCUCUGGCCCUUUUCAAGGACACUUUUUUUCUGAUGUGAUCUAUCCAAAAUAACACUGCUAGUGGGAACCUUGAGGUAGUAGGAACGAGGUGUGUAUGAAAGCAAAAAGAGUUUGACCCUAAGGGAAAAAUUUUCUUAGCAGGUAUAUAUUCAGAAACCUCUGUUUUAAUGGGGCUGGAGGAGGUUAUAAGAUGCUCAUUACUGAUGUGGCGCUAGUGAGGAAAGCAUCAGUGAAUAUGUCAAACUUGCAGAUGCUGCUGGGCAUAUGAUUUGCAUAUUUCCACUUCAUCCAAAUCAUAAAAGGAAAAGAGAAUGAGAGAUGAACUGGGCAGUUCUUGGAACAGCAGUGCUGAUACCCAAAAGCCCACUGGCUCUCUGGGGGGAUGUGCUCAGACGCUGUAGUGAUAGGGGCCAUAUAAUUACCCUGUUGUGUAGAAAGAAUCCUCACAGCUAGCUGACUCAUUUUAGAUAUUCUCACCUUAACUGUACAUUUGCCAGCUUAUUUAGAUUGGGAGCCAGUGGUGGGAGUGGAAAUCUGUUGCCUCGCAUGAACGCCAGAUUGGGGAGAAAUACCCAAUUUAUUUUUGAGCUUUUGAAAUUGAUCUCCUUUCAAAGUUCAUCUCCCAUUCUAGAGAACAGGUUGGCCUGAAAACCUUAAGGAGGAUGAGCUAGAAGGGAGACCUGAAGCAGAGAAUCUCCCACUCCUAGCCAGAAGGUUGGCAAGUAUACCAGCACAAAUGCACAAUGGCUUUGUCCCACUCGUUUCCUGCUUCAUAUCACUGCUGUUUAAAUGACCCUUCUGACUGUGCACUAGGGCUGUUUUCCGAAGCGAUUACCAGUAGUUUGUGCUAUGGGCAGCCAUUGUAUGAACAGAUCUGCUUAGUACUGAUCACUUUAUUGGUGAAUUACUUUAAGAAAUUAAGAGCGACAAUUCUUUUGUAUGAAAUAUAAAAGAUUGAGCUGCCUUAGCUAGCUAUAUAUCAGGGAGAGGAAGGCUCCCAAUCUUCAUCAAAUCUGGAGAUGUAUAGUUGUUUGAAAAGAUAAAAUAAAAUUGAACUCUAGCACUCCUUAUCAGACCCCUGCUCCUGUAUGAAACCGCAGUGACCUCAGUGGGACUCCACACUGGCAAACCCUCAAAUGGGGGAACCCAGGAUCAGGCCCUUGUUUGCAAUUAGAAAGCUAAUGGACUGGAGACAACUUAUAAGGCCAGAAUCUGCUCUGUUACAUGGAUGUAGAUCUAGAGUAAUUCCAGUGACUUUGGUGGAGUUACUCUGCAUUCACACCAGCACAGCUGAGAACAGAAUCUUGCCCAUCGAAUGAUGACAUUUAUGGCUGACUGCAGUAUUGCACAGAGCAGUCAAUUUGUUCUGAACUUUCCAAAACCUUGGAAGAAAGUCCAUGAGCUCUCUAGUCUUCCCUCAGAAUGGGCUAUUUAAACAAGCAAAGGUUCACACUCUUUACAAUGUUGCUGAGAAAUUAACUGGCUCUGAGAGCACUAGUAACAGCCAGCAAAAUACAAUGAGAUUAGAAGAGUCCGCACAUGCACAUGGGGCUCAUUAAAAAUGUGUCUUCAUAAAAUAACCAGAUUGGAAUUAUUUGUAUAUUUUAAAAAAAAAUUAAGAUAUUUAAUUAUUUAUUUUGAUUGAUUAAAUUCUUUCUUUC